AUUGCCAAAGAAAUGCAGGCUACAAAUACUACUGUUUCCUCUCGUUGUGGCCAAGUGGGUAGGCUGUGUAGACUUUAGAGUUGGCUAAUGUUUUGCUGCGAAGGUGAUAAACCGCAGAACUCGCAAAGAAGUCUCUCUCAAAUCCAACUCGCUGUUCAGUCAACAAAGUUGAAACUACUUGUAGUGGAGUCGAAAGCCCUUCUAUGUUCUCCAGUUUAUCCGGCUCUCGCUAGUUCGUGCAGCUGUAAAUAGUUCUUUGCAGAAUGCUGUGCUACAGGCCACUGCUCGUUGCUUUAGCCUCACUCGCCCUAUUCCACGUGUCCGUAUGUAUAGCAUCCAACACAUCCAGGACACCGCGCGGUCAGUAUUAUCACUUGCCGGAAGUAGAGGGCUAUGACGGUUGGUACAACAAUCCAUCCCAUCCUGAAUGGGGGAGUGCAGACUCACCACUUUCCCGCCGUAUUUGGCCGGCUUAUUCCGAUGGCACGUAUCAACCCAAUGGUCAAGGCCGUCCCAACCCUCAUGAUGUUGCAACAGCAUGCUUGCAAGGACCAAAGGGAUUGAAGUCUUACCGAAACCGAACAGCUCUUCUCACUUUCUAUGGCCAGCAAAUUGUUGAGGAAAUUCUAGAUGCACAGCGAGCAGGCUGCCCACCAGAGUACCACAACAUCCCUAUUCCCAAGUGCCAUGCCCUCUUCGAUCCUGAAUGCAAAGGCAACAAGGAGGUGCCUUUCUUACGUUCUCGCUAUGACAAAUCCACUGGACAGUCGCCUAAUAAUCCAAGAAAGCAGCUAAAUGAAGCCACCCCAUGGAUUGAUGGUGGCCUGUUCUAUGGACCAAACAAGGCCUGGGCAGAUGCCCUCAGAAGCUUUACUAAUGGCACUCUUGCAUGUUCCGACUCGACGUGUCGUUUUCCUGCCAAAAACAAAGUGGGUCUGCCGUUUGCCAACCCGCCACCUCCGGCUGACCAUGUACUGAAGUCAUCGUCGCGUUUCUUCAAGAUUGGCAAUCCCCGUGGCAAUGAGAAUCCGAUGUUGCUGAGUCUGGGUAUUACCUGGUUCCGCAAUCAUAACUGGCAUGCAAAUCGUCUACGCAAGGAGUUUGAUGCACAGGGCAUUAAGUACAAAGAUGAGACGUUAUUCAAUCGAGCGCGACAGUGGAAUAUUGCUGAUCAGCAGAAAAUCUCUUUGAAUGAUUGGCUUCCAGCUUUCUUGGGAAGGAAUAUAACACCAUACACUGGCUAUAAAAGUACUCGAUUUGUUAAUAUCGGUCAUAUGUUCCAGACAUCAGCUAUGCGUUUUGGUCACACUCUUGUACCGCCAGUUGUAUACAGAGCCUCAGUCAGGAAUUCUAAGAGCCGUGACUGGCAGUGUGUGUUUCGGCAGUUGAGUCGCAAGAAGGACCCAACCAAGUCAUCGGCCUUCAGAACAUGUCAGUCGUAUUGGAACUCACCGGACCAUCUGUCAGAGGAUAAUGGCGAUGCUGUGGAUGAGCUGCUGCUUGGUAUGAGUAAGCAAGUGUGUGAACGAGAGGACAAUAUUGUAACCGAAGACUUGCGCGGCUUUGUGUUUGGCUCUUUGGAUUUCAGUCGGCGUGACCUGAUGGCGUUGAACAUCCAGCGUGCCAGAGAUCAUGGUAUACCUGACUACAACACAGUGCGUGCAAGCUUUGGUUUGCCUCGCAUUCGCAGCUUUGCAGAGAUCAAUAACAGCACCGACAAGUUCAUCAGAGCGGCGAUCAGGAAUCUGUCCCGGCUCUACAAUAAUGAUGUCAACAACAUUGACCUGUGGCCAGCUGGCCUGCUUGAAACUACACCGCAGGGACCAGGACCUACCUUUGCUGCAAUCAUCAGCGAUCAGUUUGAAGGUAUUCGCGACGCCGAUCGUUUCUGGUUUGAGAACAAGGAUAAUGGGCUUUUCACAGACGAGGAGAUCGAAGUUAUUCGCAAGACAACCUUCCGUACCAUCUUGUCAAGAAAUAUUAAAGCAAGCUGGUUCCGUGAGGAUUUGUUACAGAAAGAUGUCUUCCAUUUCAACGCCGAUGUGGACGACUCAGAGAGGCGCUGCCGCACGGAGUUUGAACAAUAUAACGACGCGACUUUAACGGCAGAGAUUGAUGCGUGUUCGCCAAUGAAAACAUUUGACUACUUCAGUGGCAGUGGUGGACCGUACAUCACGACCAUCAUCGGCAUAGCCGUGUACUUUAUUCUGAAUGUCGCUGUUCUCAUCGUCUCGGUGAAGUAUGUCAGCAAGUCCAGAAGUAGCGGCAAGCCGAAACGUAAACAAAGCGGACCCGCCAGCGAUUUUUGGAGCAAUGCUGGCGUGUUCACAGCACAGAAUGGAGAACCGUUGACCGGUGAGCUUGUCAAGAGUGACACCGUUAUGAGUGUAUCUCUUGGCCCAAUCAUAGCAUCUCGCCAGCUCAAGGUCUAUAACACAACUCUUGGUGGUGUGGAGCGCACCAUUGAUCUGACUGGCGUUAGCACAGUCAACAUCGAAGAAUGCCAUGAUGUCACUGGCAACAAUACCAGUGGUCUGCUGUGUAUGCGCAUGGCACAUCGCUAUGAUCUUGCCAUGCGCGUCGAUACACACCUGCAGCAUAUGAUUUCAAAUAUCGCGGUAUUUUGCGAAAGUCUGAACAUCCAGGUUUCGCGCAAAGUCGUUUUUUCUUCAAAGCAACUCCUGUGGUCGGUCGUUACCAAAAAAGACCGCCACAAUGUUGUGCAGAGCUUUUUCCGUGCGCUGUUCAAACAAACGUCUGGCGCUGACGCAUCCAAGGGUGCAACACAGUUCAUCAAGAAGCAAAGAGCCAAGAAACGUGAGGCUCUGUCUACGGAGUUGACACGACCAGAGUUUGCUGAAGCUAUGGGGAUGAAGCCCACGUCGAUCUUUGUCGAGCAAGUCUUUCGAUUUGUGGACACGGAUAAAAGUUACACAGUUUCCUUUCAGGAAUUCUUCCAGUUCCUAGCCGUGUUCACACAGGGCUCUUCUGAUACGAAAAUGGAACUGAUGUUUGCCAUUUAUGAUAUUGACGGCGACGGUGUCCUCUCGCAUGAUGAUUUCUCGACUAUGUUGGGCCACUUGGCGGAGCAGGCCGGUGAGACUAUUGGCAAAGAGAAGCUCGACUCUAUACUCAGCAACAUGCUGAAGACAUCCAAGAGCACCGACAGUAUGGGUAUGACCCUGGAGGAGUUCAAGACCAUAUUUGGUGAAUACAAGGAGGUGAUGGGUGACACUACAGUACAGCUGAAGCAUGCGAAGAGUGCGGUGAAGAACCUGCGAAACCAAGGAGUCAACAACAGCAAGUCUGUACAGAUUAGCAAGAACUCCGCCCAGUUUGGUCUAGGUGGCAGUCAUCAGAGCACAAUCCGAGGGAAGUCAAGCACAACGUCCUUUAGAAACCAUUACACACCGGCAGAAAAGAGCGAUGGCCUUCAGGUGAAGGAGACAUCAAUGCCUGGUGAACAGCUGGACAACUUGUCACCAUUUCAACAUCAAGUUCUCUACGUGCAGCGACUGUGGGAGAACUAUCGCUUCCACAUCUUCUGGUUGACUCUCUAUUUGCUUGUAGUGCUGUGCAUCUUUGCUGAGCGUGCCUACUACUAUUCGGUAGAGCGCGAGCAUGUUGGUCUACGGCGCAUUGCCGGCUACGGUGUGACAGUGACGCGGGGUGCAGCGUCUGCCAUGAUGUUCACCUACUCAUCCAUUCUGGUCACCAUGUGUCGCAAUCUCCUCACUAAACUGCGUGAAACUCCUCUCAACCGAUACAUACCGUUCGAUGCAGCUCACUCUGCACACAAGGUGAUAGCUUGUGUGGCAUUGUUCUUCACUGUGAUGCACAUACUGGGCCAUUGCAUUAACUUCUACCACAUCAGCACGCAGACUGCCAACGACUUGACCUGUUUGUUCAGAGAGUACUACCACUUUUCUCAUGAAUUGCCAAAGUUCCAGUUCUGGAUGUUCAGUACUCUCACAGGCAUCACCGGGUUGCUGCUCACGUUUGUAGUGGUGACAAUCUACAUCUUUGCACUGCCUCAGGCACGCCGCUACCUAUUCAAUACGUUCUGGAUAGUGCACCGCCUGUAUAUCGUUCUGUUCAUACUGUUGAUCCUGCAUGGUUCUGGACGUCUUGUGCAGCCUCCACUGUUCCAGUGGUUUUUCAUUGUGCCCGCUGCCCUGUUCGUUGUGGACAAACUCAUUAGCCUGAAGCACAAGAAGCAUGAUAUCCCGGUGUUCAAGGCCGAAAAGCUGCCGAGUGGUGUUACGCAUCUGCAAUUCAAGAAACCCAAAAACUUCAACUAUCUUUCCGGCCAGUGGUGUCGUAUUUCAUCGCGAGCCCUCAACUCUGGCGAAUAUCAUCCUUUCACACUGACAUCUGCGCCACAUGAGGAGACCUUGGAUCUCUACAUCCGUGCUGUUGGGCCCUGGACGGAAAAUAUUCGUCAGAUUUAUGAUCCGGAGAACCCUAAGAAUCAGAACACCGAGAACAAGGGUUUGACCUUUCCUAGGAUCUAUCUUGACGGUCCAUUUGGUGAGGGCCAUCAAGAUUGGUACAAGUAUGAUAUCGCAGUGUUGGUUGGUGGUGGUAUUGGUGUCACUCCGUUUGCUUCUAUCCUCAAAGACUUGGUCUGCAAGAAACAAUCCAAGGUGCAAAUCCCAUGCAAAAAGGUGUAUUUCUUCUGGGUAACAAAGACCCAGAAGCAGUUUGAGUGGCUCACCGAGAUCAUCAAGCAAGUCGAGCAACAAGACGACCAGAAGUUCACUGGUAUCCACAUCUUCAUCACUCAGUUCUAUCAGAAGUUUGAUAUCAGAACAAUCAUGCUGUACAUCUGCGAACGUCACUUUCAGAAGAUUUCAAAGCAGUCACUAUUCACCGGGCUGAAGUCUACCGUGCACUUCGGUAGGCCGCAGUUUGAUAAGAUGUUCGACAGUCUGCAGGACAUUCAUGACGACGUUGCCCAGAUUGGGACGUUCUCCUGUGGCCCUCCGCCCAUGACGCGCUCCGUGGAGGCGGCCUGUGUGGCCGCUAAUCAGAACGAGGGGCCUGUCUUUUUCCACCACUAUGAGAAUUUCUGAGAGCAGAGAUGAAAUAUCAUGUUCAAAACAUGUACAUAACGUGCAUGUACAAACAAGAAGAGAGUGUACAUCACUGUACAUAGAUGCUGUGCAGUGCAUCCUGUGCAGUGCAUCCUGUGUAAUUAAUUGCCCCUUUGUAGCGCCAGCUGGUAACUGCAUUAUGCAAGAGUCUUUCACUCAUUGAAGAAAUAAAAUUACCCAGAUCUGUCGUCUAGAGUUUCAUCACCUGUUUUUGUGCAAGCCAACGCACACUCCGGCAGUAUUUAGAGCAAUAUUAAAUUUUCUGUAGUCUCCACAUGCCAGCGGUAGCCUUUCUCUCACUUGUCUGUGACUUGAUUUUCAUUUGGUACACUUUUUCUGUGCCAACCUUUCUUUUUAUUAGAAUUAUUGCCGAAACAAAGAAUCAUAACGCUCUAUUUUUGUUUUUACAUCUACCAGUUAUGAGGAACGCGUUAAAUAGAUGAUGCUGUUCAUAGGAUCGGAUCCAUGCAGCGUUGGAACCUUUUUGUAACAUCCGCUGAGCGCUAGUGUAUUGCUCUGUUCCCGUGGUGACCAUUGCCUAGAAUAAUAUGGCCACCUUUCCUUCUCCUCUGCCCGCCCUCCCUAUGUGUUGACUUGUAUAGUAGCCUAGAGUCGUUUAGCUGCUGCUAGCAUGCUUAUUUAUUUAUUUAUUUAUUACAGCAUCUCAUAGCACAGUGAGAACACCGGCCAAUGCAAAGAGAGAGGGUGUUAGCCAACCACGGCAAGGAAGAAGGGGAGGAGAAGAAAAAGGAACCGGCAUGGAUAAGCAGUGAUUGCAACAAAAUGAGA